AUUAUCUAUUCUGUGGUUUAAUCGUGCAAGUGUGCAACUCAUUUCGGUUUUCGGUACGUUUUUUCAUGCGGGCGGCCGUACUAGUUUGGUUUCCUUAUUCUAAUCUUCAUGGUUAUAACUUUCAAGGGUUUCAACUACAAUUCAUAGCCAUCAACUAAUCAAGAGUAUAGUGCGUCACAGAGUUACAGGUCUCAUUGAUCUUUUGAUAGUUUUCUGCUACCGAGAUUAUGUAACAUUCUAGGUACAUGUCGUUUUCAUUGUAAUGGUUGAACUAAAUUAUUUGUGUUCUACGUCUUGAAUCGAACUACACUAGUGUUGAAUUAUUGUAACAAUGUCGAUCUUCGAGAACAGUGCAACUUUGAAGGACAAAGUCGACGAUACACAUCCUUUGAAAUGCACGAUUCUCAAUUCACGGAACACCAGUGGAUAUACGGAAUAUGUCAUUGAAGUAACACGCACUGGUGUUCAGGAUUACACUUGGAAAAUAUUCAAGCGGUACAGUGAUUUUGUUAAACUUCAAAACAUGUUAUACAAGUUGUCACCAAAAAUAAAUUUGGAUUUACCUCCAAAAAAAUUCAUUGGAAACAUGGAUCGAAAGUUGGUGAUGCAACGACAAAAUGCUUUACAAAGCUCUUUAAAUACAAUGGUUGAGAAUUUAAUGUUAGCAAAUUCAUUAUUGGUAAGAAGCUUUUUGGAUCCAGAAUCAUAUAGUGAAUAUUGUAAAGAAUCUUUAUUUCAAAAAGUUGGCAUGGUUCUUAGAGGUAAUCGAGAAUUUGAAUUAUCUAAAGAACUACCUAAUAUUGGAUGGCGCUUAAGAAGAAAAUCAUUUUUAUCUAAAUGGAAAAAAGAUCCAAAACAAGAACUGUUAUUGUCGUGGACUGAAUGUGGCCCUGACCUUUUACUUAAACAGUUGGAUUUAAUUACAGUACUAAAAUCUAUCUCUAGCAUAAUACAUCCACUUGUAGACAUUCCUGUGAUAUUGCCAAGCCCUGAAGGAUAUACAUUAUCAGUUCACAAUAUUCAAGUUGGCAGUUUGAGAGAUCUGCUCUAUCAAACCACACCUUUGCAACCUUUCUUAAAAAAAUAUUGGGAUACUUCAUCUCAUGUUUAUUUACCAGACCAGACUAUGGUAUCCUAUAUUAAACAGAUCUUAUAUGGAUUGAAAUUUUUACAUGAUAACCAUAUCCCAUAUGGUCAUUUGCAUUCUGGGAAUGUUUUAGUCUGUGAUAUUGAAAAUAUUAAACUAACUGGCAUUGAAAAUAGUACUUUAGGAUUACCUUCAUAUUAUCGUUCAUUUUUAGUACAACUUGGAAAAAAACGUAUACAAAGUUUAAAUGAUAUUGAUGUUUAUGGAUUUGGUCAUAUUUUAUAUGAAUUCACUGAAAAUGAACCUUUAUUAAGGCCUUUUUGUGAACAUUUUUCUCAAAAAACCUCAUUAAAUUUGACAAAACAAAUGAAAACUAUACUUGCACCUCCUUCAUCAAAGUUACUCAUGCCAACUGUGAAUUCAAUAAUAACAAAUUUAAAACAUGCACGAAUGAUUGAUGAACAAAAAGACCCAUCAUUUUUCAAAUGUAAAAUACCAGUUUUAGUAAAAGAACAUUAUAUUCUAAUCGCAGAAAAAUGUAUGUCUAGAAUUUUUGAGGAUCAAAAAAAAAUUGCAUUAGAAAAACGUCAUAAAAAAAUUUAUAAAAUCAUCCAUGACCCAGAAAAAUGUUCUGGAGUAACACAAUCAAAACAUUUUGAUUUUCAUUCAAUUAAAAGUAAUAGUUCACUUGACAUCAAUAAUAGAUCACAUAGCUCUAGUAGUAACAGUACAUUAACUUCUACUGGAUCUGAUAUACAAACUAAUAGUAUUGCUGUUAAUUCAUCAUCUUUAGUGUCCAACCCUCCACCACCGCCUCCACCACCACCACCAUCAACAACAACUAUCCCCAUUAUUUCAUCACAAUCAAAUAACCAGAGAAUGGCUUUGUUAUCUUCUAUUAGUUCAUUUGAUACUAAUAAACUAAAGAAAAUUGUGAAAUAAUAAAAUAAAAUCUUUUAGAUUAAUAUUAGAAAAAAUUUAUUUUGUGUUGUAUGUAUUUUAAAUUGUUCCUAAGGUGCUAUUGAUUGUUUUUUUUAAUAAAAACAUGAAAGAAAUUAUUAUUUUUGAUAUAAUUUAAAUUACUUAUAUCAAAAAUUGUCAUAACUUUUUGACUGUCAAAUUUAAAAUGUUGUUUAUUGUUAAAAUUGUACUAACAUUAUCUAUUAUCUAUUUAUAAUAUUACAAUUUCAGUAAGUUAAUCAAAGUUAUAUUUUUUUUACCGUUUUUCUUAAUAAAACAGAUUUAUAUAAUGUUGUUAUUAUUUUUUUUAUAGAAUUGACAUUAAAAAUUAAAAAAUAUUUUAUUGUUAUAUUUUUUAAGAACUCAAGAAAAUUAACUAUGUUUCAUUGUAUUUAAGUAAAACUUAAUAGUGCAUGACUAUUUAAAUUAGGAUGUUAUAUAACACUGUUAAUAUAAAAUUAUUAUUCUUUUUUUUUUUUUAAUUAUGUUAAUUAUUCUGCCAUAAAAAUAAAAUACCUAUUAUUGUUAUUAUUUAUUAUAUCAGUUAGCAAAAUUAUAUUUAAUUUGUUUGUUUGUUUGUUUUAAGUAACAAAUUAAAAAACCCCUUCAAUUUGGAACAAAAAUUAUUUGUUAUUACAUGUGAUAAAUAGAACAUGUGUAUACAUUACACGUUUUAUUAUCAAGCUUAUAAAGGAAUAUCUGAAAAUAUUUGUUCAUAUUUCAUUAUAUGUGUUAUAUUUAAUCCAUAAAUCUCAGUAUUAAAUAUUAUUUAUAAAAUAUUUGAAUCAAAAAUUAAAUGUACAAAAUAAAUUAGUAUCUAAAAAGGUUCUAAUAAGACUCAUUCAAACAAAAAAAAAAAAAAUGAAUUGUUUAAUUCUGUUCAUAUUUUCAUUAUACUUUUAUUAUUAUGUUUUAUAUUAUUAUUCAUUAUUUCAUUGUACCAAUUUCAUAUAAUUUUAUUAACCACUAUUUUACUAAAUAAUAUUAUAUCUUUAUGUAUUUAAAAAAACUAAUAAGUUAUUCGUUAUUUAAUUUAAUUUAUUUCAAAUGUUGUAAUAAAUAGGUUUUUGUUACAUUUAAAUGAAUUGUAUAUUUUGUUUUAAUUUUUAAUACCAAUAUUAUCUAAAUAAAUGUUGUAUCCAUGUUUUUA